CCGUGUGCCUGCUCUGUCUCCAUCGUGGUGCGAUGGAUAACGCUCUGCCGCUGGAAGCGGAGCUGGAGCACCAGUGGCUACUCAACACCUCCAUGAAUGAGUCCUCUGUGAACCAGUUCGUGCAGCCUCCGUGGCAGGUGGCCCUGUGGGCUGUCGCCUACGCCCUCAUCGUGGUGGUGUCAGUGGUGGGGAAUGUGGUGGUGAUGUGGAUCAUCCUGGCUCACAAGAGGAUGCGCACCGUCACCAACUACUUCUUGGUGAACCUGGCUUUUGCCGAAGCCUCCAUGUCUGCCUUCAACACAGUGGUGAACUUCACUUACGCCAUCCACAAUGAGUGGUACUACGGGCUGCUCUACUGCAAGUUUCACAACUUCUUCCCCAUCGCUGCUGUCUUCGCCAGCAUCUACUCCAUGACAGCCAUUGCCCUGGACAGGUACAUGGCUAUCAUCCACCCGCUGCAACCCCGGCUCUCGGCCACCGCCACCAAGGUGGUCAUUGGUGUUAUCUGGCUUCUGGCUUUCCUGCUGGCUUUCCCCCAGGGUUACUACUCAGUGAUGGAGGAGCUACCAGGGCGGCUGGUGUGUCUGGUGGAGUGGCCAGAGCACAGCACUAAAGCAUACGGAAAAAUGUAUCACUUCUGCAUGACCAUCCUGAUCUACUUCUUGCCGCUUCUGGUGAUAGGAUGUGCCUACACCGUAGUUGGCAUCACCCUCUGGGCGAGUGAGAUACCUGGUGACAACUCCGACCGCUACCAUGAGCAGGUCUCGGCGAAGCGAAAGGUAGUGAAGAUGAUGAUCAUCGUGGUAUGCACGUUCGCGCUGUGCUGGCUGCCCUACCACAUCUACUUCACCCUGCAGUAUUUCAACCCCGAGUGGUAUCUGCAGAAGUUCAUCCAGCAAGUUUACCUGGCUAUCAUGUGGCUGGCCAUGAGCUCCACCAUGUACAACCCCAUCAUCUACUGCUGCCUCAAUGACAGGUUCCGCGUGGGGUUCAAACAUGCAUUUCGGUGGUGCCCAUUGGUCAGUGCCGGUGAGUACGAGGGCCUGGAAAUGAAGUCAGCCCGGUACCUGCAGACACAGAGCAGCAUGUACAAGGUCAGCCGUAUAGAGACCACUGUGUCCUCAGCAGUUGGCGUGGCCGAAGAGGAGCUGGAGGAGAGCAGCAAGGCCAAGCGUCUCUCCGUAGACAUGACCUCCAAUGGCUCCUCCCACAGUGACUCCAAAACAGUCUCCGAAAGCUUCAGCUUCUACUCCAACACACUCACCUAAGCGGCUCCCCGGCUCUGCCAGCUGCUCACAAGAACGCCACCAUGCCCUCUCCCUCACUGGGAUGCUCAAUCCACCCUGCGUCAUCACCCCAGUUUGUGAUGUGCCGGCUUUUUUCUGUGCUGUUUUACUGUCUCUUGCUGUGCUGCUCGCUCGCCAUCCUUGUGCGAGCCCAAGAGCAAAAGCUUUGGAUUAGUUUCAUGUGCUCCACCGUGGCUUGUGCCCAAACACAAGGGAGGUUUGGCUGGCCUCCGCAUUGCUCGCUGCCUGUCCAA